UUGUGUUGCUAGGAUACAACAAACACAUCUGCUCCACAGCUGAGGAAGUUAGACUGCUAGCUAGCUAGUAACAUGUUUUCUUCAUUGUUACAUGUGCUCAUUUAACAGAUAGGAUUUAAUUAAAAAGUAAUCCACUUGGACACACUGCUAAGGGUGUCAUUGAGCUACCUCCAGCCAUGCCAGUUAUCAAACGAUCUAAAAAGAAUCUGCCAAACUCAACACUGAAGGAUUUGAAGUCACAGAAAUGCGGACUUCGACACACAGUUUUCUCUGUCAGUGGAAAUAAAUACACUGGAGAGUGGAGGGAUGACAAGAAGCAUGGCAAAGGAACUCAGGUUUGGAAGAGACCUGCUGCCGUUUAUAAUGGAGAAUGGAAAUUUGGAAAACCUGAUGGGUAUGGCGAUUAUAGUGUGCUUCUCCCAGGAUCACAGGAGUACACAAGGAGGUACAGUGGUGGAUGGAAAAAUGGAAAGAAACACGGUGAUGGGAUGUACUUCUACAACAACUUGGCAUUCUAUGAAGGGGAAUGGAGUGAGAACCAACGGAGUGGCUGGGGAAGGAUGUACUAUGACAAUGGAGACAUCUAUGAGGGAGAGUGGAUGAAGGAUAAACGUGAUGGGCAAGGAAUUAUUAGAUUUUCAAAUGGAAACUGGUAUGAAGGGACAUGGCAACAUGGCCAAAAGAAUGGUAAUGGCAAGUUCUACUAUUCUGACAAAGGCAUGCUCUAUGAAGGUUUUUGGGUGGAUGGAGUGGCAAAAUGUGGAACCCUGUCUGAUUAUGAAAGGGAUGCAGCCCCAACACCUGCCAAACUUCCAAUUCCAAAGGUAUGUCUGGUGGAUGUGGAGUCAGUUUUAAGGGAAGCUGAAUCAGCUUACAAUGGUCAGUCUUGACUUUCAGCAAGAGGAUCAUUAAGUCUACUCCAUUAUGUAAUAAAAAUAUGCAUAAGUA